AUGGGCUUGGGAUUGCACAAAGAUGAUGAAUCGGAACGGCCGCACGGCCAGCCUCCGCGCGGAUUCCGCCUCAUCGACGUCACCAGGGGCUGUAUUGUGGCUGCCGAGUCGCUUCACGAAUACGUAACGCUGAGUUACGUCUGGCCGCCCCCCGGCAAGCGAAUCCUGAAGCUCCUGACCAGCAACAAGGACGAGCUCAUCGAACGAGACGGAUCCCUGGUAGACCCGCUACUGCCCUUCGCCUCCCAGAUUCCCCAGACAAUCAAAGACGCCAUGGAGAUUUGUAAGGAGGUCGCGGAGCGCUAUCUUUGGGUCGAUGCGCUCUGCAUUAUCCAAGACGACGACAAUGACAGAGACAACCAGAUCCGGGCCAUGGACAACAUCUACAGUGCGUCAAAGUUGACGCUAGCGUCCACCUGCGGUGAUAACGCUGAGGCUAGCAUCUCUGGGGCUAGAGGAGGUACGCGCACCAUUGUGCAGGCGAUCGAGACAGUCCAGGGUCUGCGGUUGGCCAAUCGGCCGUGGAACUUCGCGAGGUCAGUCGAUGGCGCCAGGUGGAAUACCCGAGCAUGGACUUUCCAGGAAAGAGUUCUUUCCAAGAGGACGCUGUUCCUCACACCUCAGCAAAUGUUCUUCAAGUGCCGUCACAGUCCGUCGUAUCUAUCCGAGGAUCUGCUUAUGCCGGCCGAAGCCCGGAGACUUGUUACAUGGCCCAUGAACGAUACGGGCAGUGAUUUUAUUCCCCAUCACGGCAGCAUCAACGUGCUCACGUAUAUCAAAACGGUCGAGAACUUCACCAAGCGCAACCUCACCUACCCGGAUGAUAUCCUCAACGCCUUUACCGGCAUCGCCCAGAACAUGAGGGUUGUGUUUCGGAGCGGCUUCCUCUACGGCCUUACUCAGUCCGAACUCGACUACUGUCUAUGUUGGGAGCCUGCAGGCGCCAUUAAACGACGCAUCUGUGCCAGAGGAGCCAAAUUCCCCAGCUGGUCAUGGGCCGGGUGGCUUGGUCCUGUCCACUACCGGUGGAAAAACCGCCUGUCGCGCGUGAGGUGGGUGCAUCACGAAACCGGUGAGAGACUCACCUCGGACGACUACCGCUCGCCGAGCCCUGGGAACGGCUCGGAAACGGAUGGCCGCUUGGCCUGGCGACAGGAGUGGACAGACCAGCGGGCCAGAUCAGGGUUCCGUUACUUUUACCAUUCGUCCGACCAGGCCGCUUGGUUUCGGAGCCCAACCGCACCGGAGCUGGCGCGGCUUCAGGGGCCCAACUGCGUACCCGGCACCCAACACCUGCAGUUCGAAACUGAGAUUAUAGACUUCCCCAUGUCCGAGGCAUGGAUACCUCAAGGCGUGGUCCACGAGACCCUUCAGGUUAUGGAGUUCCAGCUCAUCGACGAGCACCAAGAUGCUGUCGGCUUCUUCUCUAUGCCGGUCAAGAUCGCGAGGGAAAUAAGCAGCACGAAGAAAUACAAGUUUGUACGCGUAGCUCGUGUGGGUAACAGCCAUCACUCAGGAGAGAUCGGAUCCAGGAAGGAGGAUCCGGAACCGGAUACGAGAGGCAGCUACGCCGAGGACCAUGAUAUCGUCUUUGAGGACCUCGAUGGCGACCCAGACUUGAUUUUGGUCAGGCACACUACAAUGUUAUUGUAUCCGGACGAGCGCAUUAGCCCAGGUGGCUGGAAGUACCCCUUGCCCUUUGACCGCCAGUGGUACGACGCGUCCCGACCAUUCUGCCUCUGCGAAUUCCUGGUCGUCGAGAUGGUGGACGACGUGGCAUACCGCAUCGGCAUCGGCAGGGCACACGUUGAUGCGUGGGCACAAACACCGCCAAAGACGGAGGUGGUCACGCUAGGCUGA